AUGAAAGCUCCCACCAGCGCUACCACCAGUGAUGGUGACCUUCCCUGCAUCGCCUCUGAAUACAUGGAUGCUUUGCUGGACCUACUCCAGCGCGAGGAGCUGGUCCAGGAGACUAUGCGUCGGCCGUACCAUCGGUAUCGACGGAGUUACCGGCAAGAAAUCGCUACGGUCAGAGAUGAUAUUGGAUAG